UCGUUUGGCAUAAGAUAUUCAUCUCCUAUUUCCUUUUACAAUUAAUAUUCACCAUUGUUAUUACAAUAUUUUAUUAAUAAAUACAUGGACCCGAAAUGCAAAUCGUUUUCUUCAUGCAUACACUCACCAAAUGAUGCCAAAUCAUUACAUUUUUCACAUAAAAACAACUGUAUAAACGCCCUAAUAGGAAAGCUUCUCCCUUGUAUCUCUGUCAAUCUCUCUUCAUUAUCUUUCGUUUGAAGCAGUCUUUCACUCUUUCUAUAAACCCGAAGCCAGGAAGCAGCCCAUAUUUAUCACUUGAAAUCUGAACCCUGACCCCCUAAACCAAAUGGCUUCAACCUGUAUCUCAAACUGCGUCAAUGACACUAGGGUCCCAGUCAGACCAACGUACAUGAACCUCUACAAAUGGCCGGAAUCAGAUGCUGAGUUUGUCAGGUCACUGAGCUCAGACGGGAGCAGCAGGGGCAGCCGUACACAUCCCUCUGUUGUUGAUAGCAUUUCAUGCAGGCAAAUGUACCUGAGGAGCUACACGUUUCAUAGGAAAGAAACCGAGCCUGAAAAAACAAAAUGUUUUGGCAGAGGUAAGAACGAAAAGGCCGGGAAGAGUCCUAGAAGAAAAAACAAAUCCAAAACUAAUCCCAAGAAGAACUGUGUGGUGCUCAGAACUGUGUGGCGCAGGCUGUUGACCUGCACCACCAAGGUUGAUGUUGCUGAUCAUGGAGAUUGAAUAUUUCUGACCAUUUUCAGCCAUCAGGGCUUCCUUUUUUUGUUUCUAAAUAACUUUCUAAUAGCAUUAAGUUUUUAUCUAUUUUAUGCCUUUUUUCCCUCUUUGUUAUUUUUCUUUGUCAAUGGAUAUGGAGUGAUGAUAUCAUGAUAUCACCAAGGUUGAUGUGGCUUUAAAGCUAAUAUAUUUGGUUGAAAAGAAAUCAUCAUAAGUAAAAUUUUAUCCACUUUCACCUUGUAAAACUCUUAGCUAUUGAAAGUUUCAAGCCUGUCUAUCUCUGAUCACAUUUGCCAAUUGUUAAGCACAGCCGGCAGAAACGUACAGCUAGUUCAAUUUCUUGUCUGUCUCGCCGCUUCUGUGCUUAGCUACUCUGUUUUUUGGCCAUUUUUAAUUAAAUAAUGGUUUUCACUAAGUUAGAAGCCUUGAUAAAUUUUCGUCACAUCAUGGCUGUAGGCUCAUUUGCCAGAAUAUCCUAACCUCUGCUGACUUCCCGUACAAGUUUAUAGGGAAUGGUUCUAAUUACAGUUACAGGAAGAUAUUUCAGAAUCACUAAUUGUGGACUAUGGUCAGGUCAACAGCCUUCUUGGAUGAAUCUGAUCACUUCAUAAUCAAGAUUUAAGGGCUGCCAGAACAUUCUUUAUAGAAAUAAGGAUUUGAUCCGAAUCAAGAGAAUGAAAAAAAG